GUCGAUUCGCCGAGAGGAGCGGGAAAAAGAAAAAAAAAGAAUGAGGUGCAUAAGGAAAGCGAUCGAACGGCCACCACUUCAGUGUCGGGCAGGGGCUCGAUGUACGUAACGCACGAACGGGAUAGCGGCGGAAAACCCGCCCCAACCGCAUCGUCACCGCCCGCCGGCCCGCGAAGGUACCGCCUUUUGCUCCCCUACCGGCCGACCCACGAAACCCCUCCGCGGAGGGCAGAAGCGGCGGCAGCUUCUCGGGGAGGAAGAACGCUGACGUCGAAAAGAGGGGGAGGCGACGCCACUUUGUGUUUUUUUGUGUGUGUGCCAGGGUUGACUGCCCAGCCAGCCGCACGCCAGACCAGCCCCGCUCUCGCAGGGCUGGCAGUGGUGGAACCGUUCGCGCAGCGAAAGGGCCUCGUCAGUUGGUGGCAGCGCAGCAGGCACCCCGCUUCGUCGUGGCAGAAGACUCGUGGACCGCCACGCCACCACCACGGGGCCGGCUGGUUCAUUCAGUGCGAAGACUAGGCGCUCGGACGUCUCUUCUGGUUUUCCAAAAGCCGCAGAAGCCGAGAGAUAGAGGACCUCGGGUGUGUGUGGUGAAAGAGAGGACGGGGGGAGGGUGCCCCGGAAAGAUAGUGAUCACGAGUGGAGGGGGUGACGAGAGAAAAAAAAAGAGGGGGGAGUGAUGUGUUGUGCGGCAACGUCGCGGCAGCGACAGCAUCGGGAUCAACGACGUCGGAUCGGUGGAACCGGCAACCGUGGCGGCCCAUUGGCCCUUCUUCGGGUUGCUCCAGCUCCGCGACUGCGACGACGACCGCAACUGUCGUGAAUGUGGCCGCACCGCGACACCGCCGACCACGGACUACUACCACCGCUACGCGCGACCAGUGAGAAGAGGUCGUCGUCGACGGCGACGUCGCCGUCUCGACGUCUUCGCGGGUGUCCCCGAUCGACCAGUCGGUGCCGCGAUUCUCCCUCCCGGCUGCGCUUCGCCGCUAGAGGCCCACCGGGGGGUUGACUCGGAAGAACCGGAACGGUGAGAGACAAGACGUCGUCCACGUCUUCGGACGUUCGCCGCUGAAGCGAGACAGCGUUGGACCAUCCUUCUACGAGUCUGCGUGUCUCUAAAGAAACAAAAGCGCGGCGGACGAAGCUUUUCUUUUUGAGAGAGCGAGAGACUUCGUCUUGGGGAUCUGUGCAUGUCCAUGCAGUUCGGUCCGACGGCCGGCGCGGUCUCAUCGGCGAGCAUGCUCCCCUCGUUCGGCUUCACCCAGGAGCAGGUGGCGUGCGUGUGCGAGGUGCUCCAGCAGUCGGGGAACAUCGAGCGGCUGGGCCGCUUCCUGUGGUCGCUGCCCGCCUGCGAGCACCUGCAGAAGAACGAGAGCGUGCUGAAGGCCAAGGCCCUCGUGGCCUUCCACCGGGGCAACUUCAAGGAACUGUACCGCAUCCUGGAAUCCCAUCACUUCUCCGCUGCCUCGCACCCCAAGCUGCAGGCGCUCUGGCUCAAGGCGCACUACAUCGAGGCUGAGCGGCUCCGGGGCCGGCCGCUGGGCGCAGUUGGGAAGUAUCGGAUUCGCAGGAAGUUCCCCCUGCCCCGAACCAUAUGGGACGGCGAGGAGACCAGCUACUGCUUCAAGGAGAAGUCGCGCAACAUCCUGCGGGAGUGGUACGCGCACAACCCGUACCCGUCGCCCCGGGAGAAGCGGGAGCUCGCCGAGGCGACGGGUCUGACCACGACGCAAGUGAGCAACUGGUUCAAGAACCGCAGGCAGCGGGACCGGGCCGCCGAGGCUAAGGACAGGGACCCUAACGACAAGCUGCCCACCAAAGGUUCGGGCAACAGCAACCACUCGAGCAAGUCGGGCUCUGACUCCGGCGGCUGCAUGAGCCCCCCGGACAGCAGCACCUUGCUCAAGUCGGACCGGCAUCACGGCGGAAGCAACAAGGCUUCUCCUCCGCCUCCUUCCUCCAUCGUCACUUCCGGCGGCGUGCCCCACCACUUGCACUUGGGCGGGCUUCCGGGCAGCCCCGUCACGCCCACCACCGAACUGUCGCUGCACCACCCGCACAGCAUGAACGGCCUCUUCGGCUCGGACCUCAAGAGCUCUUCGUCGACGGGGGCUCCGGUUCUGGCGCCCUCGGUGCACCCGACGUCCACGCUGACGGCAGCGGCCGCCGCAGCGGCGGCCGCGGCAGCUUCCGGGGGAGGGGACCCCAGUUCCGUGCUUCCGGGCACCGGUGCGAGCGGCUUCCGGCUCGGGCACCCGCUGGUUUCGGCCGCGGCGCUGAGCGACCUCAGCCUGGGCCUGACGCCCGACUACCAGGCCUUAUGACAAUCAGUCGCGGGGACCGCCGCCGGAGAGUCGGCGUGGUCCCCGCUCUGCCUGCUGCCCCCGGAACCGCACCUGAUGGCGGCGCAGUCCAGGGGAGCCGCGGCCGCUGCGGCUGCGGCCAGGACCGAAUCCAUGUUCUGCACGUAACCAGGCCAGACUCGUGCAGUCGUCUGUUUUAACAACGCGCAGCUCCUGGACAAGGGAACGCACCUCCUGCCCCCCAAAGUCCUAGAGCUCACGGAGGCCCUGUGCAAAGGACCAGGACUUUGCCCUCGCCGUAGCGCAAUCAGGAUGACACCGGCCUUAUGCAGCAGGAAAGGCUACUCCUGGGCACAUCCUUGAAACCGCUCACAUGUGGCUCGCCUAGCGGCGGUGUUUGGAAGAAAGGCGCUACAGCGACAAUGGAGACAGACACUUUGCCAGAUGUGACGGUGCACGGCCUUUGUGUGGUCGCCGAUAUGACUACGACGCUGGGUCCUGAAAACCCAGUAAACAGCGAAAAGGGGUAUGCGCUGGACUUCCUUGUGCGAUAUUCAGUUGAGAAACGGUAUCGACGACUGCGAGGUGUGUCAAGACGGUGGAGAAUUGCCUACGGUGACAAUCGCAAGUUUCAGAAUCGUAAGAAUAGCAGAUUCUAUAUGCGGUCAAGAAAACUCCCUUGGUCAAAGCGUGCUACAUUGCAACGCAUACCCACGAGCCUAUGUGUUCACAGAACAAACUACUCCUGACCUAGGAAUGGCCCUUCCGGGGAACCACCUACGCCAGCUUAAAGGCAAUGAAAAUGCCUAUUUUCUUAAGAAAAAGAAAUCAAAAUCGGUUCUCGUUCACGCAAUAACGAAUUAGGCUUCGUGGUUUCUACUUCUUACAAUCUCACUUGCCGAAUCAAGAUAUAAUAGUGGGAUAACAAGGUUCAGACGAUCAGAAGGUUUAAGAGAGCAGGCAAUGUCCACAACAACCUGCCAGCUUUGUCAUCGCCUCUAGCGGGCUGCCUCCGUGACAUACCUGCCAGUGUACAGUGCAAGCUUGCCUGCCACUACGUAAGCCAGAAAUUGGAGUGACUCCAGCAUUGAAACGUUGGGUGGAUUGUUCAGCCGUUCCCGAGUAUGCUAGUCUUUAAGUGUUAAGCUCGGAGGUUUGCCACGGUGAGUCGUCCAUGGGAAGCGACAUUGUGUGUGCACCGUUGUGGAUGAAUGUGUGAUUGUGCGCGAAUGAUUGACAGAAGUGUGGCGGUGGAUGCAAAUCAAUCGCCAGCUGCGCUUUGGGGCGAAAAGACAUCGUGUGGUUUUGCGUGAGUGCCCCGCAAGCUGUGCCGGGACAUUCAUGCUGACUCGUCCAGCACACUGCUCUUAACACUCUUGUGGUUGUUCCUGCCCCAUGUAAUUUUGCGAGGAGUGUGCAAGCAACGGGACAGUUAGCACUGCGUUCGGUGUGUGUCUACAUUGUGAGCGGAGCGACAACGAUUGCUUCAAAACCGGCAAGAAAAAAAAGGACCCUUGCGUUGGAAACGAGGCUGCACCAACAAAACGUUCGCUUCAAACAGACAGCUUCGACGCGGUGCUAUGUGCCCCGGAACAUAAUCCAGUGGUGUUGUGGUGGUUUGCAGUGAUGUGCGCUGACGUGCGGAACCAAAGAGGCGAGGAAACUUGCGUGCCUCACAGCAAAACACGGAUGUCCCGGCGUCGUCAGUGAGGACCAGGAGGUUCUUCCCAAAGCCAACUCUACGGGAAUAACGAUAGCAGGACCACGUAGAGAGAGACGGUGUAUAGAUUUGACUAUCAUUUUGACGACGACAACUCUGGACCGUUUGCUUUCAUCGUUCCAGAAAAAAAAAAAUAUUGGACACUCUGCGCAGUGUUUAUGUGUGCAUGUACGUGUUUGUGCGGUGCAGGAGGAGAGAAUUUGGACUCUCGACUUGGAACGCUUUUGCACGAAGAUGUGGUUAUUAUGACAUAUGCGCUCACAGCAAGCCCCCUCCUCCCUUUUUCCCACCUUCGUUCCGUGUAUAGAUUCUAGUCUUUCGCUCUCUCAGACGAGAGCUCACGUCACGUGCAAUGAGAGCACGUCGCUUUUGACGCUGUCUCUCUUAGACAUCGCGAACGCGUGCACCACCAAUCGCGUGCAGAUGCCUCUCACUGACGUCACGACGACUUCUACUCAAAUACGAGGGACUUCUAAAAAAAUUCUCGCCCAUCUGCUACCUAGUGAUACGUAAAAGAGCAUUACGAACUUUCAUUCGUGUUACGUAACAUGUGUUUAGGCUCCGUAGGUAAAGAUUACAAAUGGCAAACGCUAGUUCCCAGCCAUGCCUUUUGUGGCUAUAGGUGCCCCCCCCCCCCUUUAUAUUAUAAAGAGCAUCUGCUUAUUCCGCGUUACUUCAUUCACACGAUGUGGCCUUUACAGUGAGAAGCGUCACUCCAGUCAGCAUUAUAACCUGGGAGAGGAGCACUCUACUGUAAUGGUACCUAUGUUUGUCGUGAAACUGCAAUUCGUACAGCUAACUGCUACAGCGCCUCUGAGCUCCCUGGCCAACUGUCUUGCUCACCACCGGAGAUCUCCAAGGCCUGUCCUUACGGGCCCUCCGUAGAUGUCACCGUGAUGAUGCAGCUUAGACUGUCCAAAAAGGUGCAAUUUAGCCGCGCCUCAUCGUCAGCGCCGCAAUAUUAGUGAUUGCUUUAAGAAAUUAAAGGAUCUUGAAACAAGCUAAGGUACUACAAUGAAAUGAUUGCGCGCUAUUCACUACUCCGUGAACAUUUGUAGAAUUUUGCGCAUAUCAAUGGGAAUUCCUCACGACUCGGCCGCAAGCUGUGCAGGUUUCGUUGUGACGUCACGUGCAAGGCAUCUGCGCAGAUUCUUGAACGACACUUUCACUCGACACGGAAAAAAAAAAAACAAGAAAUAAUGCGAGUGGCGACCCGAAGCAAUAGCCGAAGCUAGUUGUUCAGGUCAGCGCGAAACCAGCACCAGCCAGCGCUGACGGCAAGCGCACGAAGGAAAUACAUUUAUUUUUAUUGUUUCGUACGAUCACCACAGCGUUGACUUUGGUGCCGCCAGUGCUGUAACGUAUACGACGUCGCCCUGUAGCACGCAACUGCUGGCAGGUAUAAACAGGCUUUCUUUCUUUUCUUUCCGGUUCUUUUUUUUUCUUUUCUGCGUUAGUGACCAAAAUCUCUGUCGUGACAGAACGAGCCUCCAUAGAGUCAGUUUUAACGAGUGUCUUAUGACAGUUUGUCCAAAUGCAGCUGAACCUGACCAUAACAAAAUAGCAUUGUAGGCAUAGAUUUGUUUCGCUGUAUCCAAUAUUCGUUAUAAACGUAGCAUAUCAUUGUUUCGCUGUAUCCAAUAUUCGUUAUAAAGGUAAACACAUGAGUUGGCUGAACCAAUCUAGUUGGAACGCCCUCGCUGAAGAAACUUGAAGGCAAACUGCGUGACCACGCAACGUUGCGUGAUCACGCAGUUUGCAGGGUGUUUUGCAGGGUGUCACGCAGGGUGUUUUCCACCACUAUAGUGGUAGAAAACAAAGCUUGCCAUAACCUAAGGUAGGUACUUUGAGAAUUGGAUCAGUGAAGCCGACGCAGUUGUUGAGGCACUUAUAAUGAAUAAAUUGGGCAGCCAUCUGAUGCAUCCCAAACUGCCUGACAGAAAAAUUUACUUCACUGUACUUUAUGGAGCCUUACAUUUUCAAUUCAAUUACGGCUGCUGAAGGCUAUCCAUGGAUUUUGCAAUGAAAUUUUACAUUCAGUUGAUUUUAUGAAAUAGUUCGUUAUACCAACGGUUUUUAUAUUGCAAUUCCACUGUAUAGCGAUACCGAGGGAAAAAACUUUUUUUUCUACAAUCCUGUGUACAGAAGGAAAAGCUCGCUAUGUAGUAGCUGUCGAACGUUUUGGUUGUUUCGUGUUUCAUGACGUCACUUUCACGCCAUCUUGUUUUUCGGCAAAAAAAAAUCUCGACGCGUGCAAGCGAUCACAAUAUUUUUGUGCUGUUGUUUUCUUUUAUCUCUCUCUUCUCUCUCUUGUGCUUUCAUUUCUCGAAUCGUUUCUUCAUUUUCGUCGCACUUUCAGGUUUCCAGCUGUUGUGAUAGCGGUGUAAAGUAAUAUUCCAAGGCACAACGCUUUUUUUAUCUGUCCUUUUUUGUUUGCGGGCUCGCACGAACGCACGCAUUGGUCGCGUUGCGCGUGCUAGACUGCGAGAGUAAUAUUCGACUGCUGCCUACGUUGCGGCUGCAAACGGUUUCGCGUUUUAAAGAUGAAAGAGCGUGUGAGUUGCCUAAUCUUUUUCGACGCAAUGAUAUCAGCAUUGGGAUAAGCGCACCAUUCGAAUACUCUAAGCUCGAGAAGCUUUAUUGAAAGAUAGCUUUGGCUGCAGCUGAAUGACAGCGCAUGGUUCACCUGUCUAAUAACGGUUACGUAACCACUGAUCGAAAUUUCCCAAUAGAACAGUGUUAAUGUUACUUAAUAAACAUGGUCUUUCAGGAUUAAAUUAUUCAUGCUGGGUAAACGCGGAGAAAAAAUCAUAGAGAUAGCAAGAUGCCAGCACACAAAACCAUUGAAUGGACAAUAAUGAGAAAGAAUAAUUGAGUUACUGCUAGAUUCGCAGCCUAUAUCUAUAGAACAGGAAAUUAGUAAACUCAUUGGGAUCGUAGCGGAAGAUUUAAUAAGGAAGAAAGCACGCAGAAGCACCGCCAUACCACAAUUCCCACGGCAAUUUGCCUUGACAUAACAAAUUCUGAUAUUGUAAGCUCGGGACUAGAUAUUUGUUCGUUCGCCAAGCAAGAUUACGUUGCUCACGAAAGCAAAGCCGACCAGCUUUUUGGGAAUUGUUUUCCUGCUCGAAGGCGGUAGGAACCCGGGCAGGUAUUGCCGGAAGCACGUGACGUCACACUUACGUCAUUGUGACCGAAGUCUGAACGCGAAAUUGAAGAAGAUUUCCGUUAGUUUUCUGCACUUGUAAUAAAUAUGCUUUUCGGCUUUGUCUGGCGUAGAAACUGUUGGUAUAGUUUUGGAAGGAUAACCCGCCGGUCUGUCUAAACCGGUUUAGUGUUUAUCUUUAGUGUCCCAAGAAUUGCACGUGAUGUGUCCACGUUGCAGGCUACUGGAAGCGCAUUACGAAGCUCUCGCACUGUAAUAAGGGUACGAAAGUGCGCUUUCAUUUGUUUCAUUAGCUGGUUAGAAGGAAAGUGACAAGAUAGGAGGCGCGGCGGCCAUAUUGUCCGGUCGGUGAAUAAAGCGUACGCGAUGAAUGUGCACGCGCGAAUAUUAUAAAUAGACUUACGAGAGUUAUAUAUAUGGAGUUUGCGUGUGUGCCAACACGUCUCUGUCAAAACAGUGUACAUGCCUCUUUCUCCAUUUUUUUUCCUUUUUGUAAAUAGGGAAACGAUAGUAUAAAUAAAUGGAUGGGUGAAAACGAA